AUGACAUCAAGUUCACAAUUAUCUGCUUCUUCCAACGAACUGAUUCAAAAUGAGAGAUUAUUAUCUCUGCUGUUAUUUGACCAAAUAAGGCCGGUUUGCAUAGAACUAUCAGAAGCUUCAACUCUGCAACCAUUCAACACAAACAAAGUUGUCAAUUUGAUGAUAUUAAUGGAAGACAUUCUUAAAAAGCACCACGAUGAGUAUAAUAAGGAUGGAAAUUUUAGAAUCUAUCAGCUAUCGCCCAAGCUAGCAGAUUAUAUCUUUUACCCUUUAUCCAAUAUAUUGAAACAGCCGGCUUUAGAUGAUACAAUUAUACAGCAUUUGUUCGGAAUAAUUAGAUUCCUAGUUGAAUACUCUUGGAGCUUCAACGUUAAUUUUGUUCUUACCGAUCAGUUACUUCCUUUAGUGAUAUACCUUUCCAGUGGAGAUUUGAACAAGGAACCAUUACUCAUAACAAAGAAAUCCAUACAAUUCAAAAUAGCAACAGUUUCUGUAUUAUAUACUAUUACGAGCACUUUGAACAAGGAAUAUUUUCAAUCCCUAACUGAAAAAAGACUAUUGUUUAUAAGCAAUGUCAUAACUAUUUGUUUAAGUAUCAUAGUCGGCCUGCGAGUGGAAUCUCAAGAUACAAUACAAUUGGUCCUCAAAUGUCUUAGUUUAAUCUCCAACGUGAAAAGGUAUUUGAAUUCGAGUCAGAUAUCAAUAAUUCUUCCAGGUAUUGUUUCUUCUAUAACUAAAUUUAUAUCACUAAAUUUAAAUUUAAAUUAUCAAAUCAUAAUCCAAUCCUUGCGAUUAUUAUCAGGUUUCAUAUGCGCUUCCUUUAAUGAUAAAGAGUUAGAUGCCCAAAUCGAGUUGAACGAAGGUAUAAGUGAUAUUUCAGAAAUCCAUGUCGGAUGGGACGACGACAAUGAGACUUUGGACAACAAUUCAUUAUAUUCAGAUGUCACUAUUACAGAGAAUGAUCAUAGGUCAAGUGCAUGGUUAAAAGCCACUUCCAAACAAUUGAAAUUAUCAUUAAUAAUCAUUUUUAAGUCGAUACUACUUGGAUCAAGAAAUAGACAUCGGUUGAGAUCCAAGCAAGAACUAUACGAUGAGAUUCUUGGAUUUGUUGAGACUAUUUUGAAAAAUUGUUUCAACAGCUUGUUUAAAGAAUUUGCCUCAUUGGCAAUUGACAUAGUAUCAAUUCUUGGAUACGUAACAUCUGAAGACAACAAAGAAAUGGCCGAUAAAACCAACAAACUAUCAAAUACACUUUGCAUGAUUAUUGAAGGUGAAACCAACAAAGAGGAAGUUCUUUUCGAAUUAGUUAAAACUAAACUUGCUGAUUUAAUUGAUAAUAAACUAUCAGGGAUUGUUUUUGCCUUAGAUGAAGAUAAGAUAUCGUCAACUGUAGCAUCAAUGAUGUUCAAUUUUAGUCUUUUGUUAUGUUUAUCAAGAAAAGUAAAACUUGAUUGUGAGGACUUGGAUUCAUUGAAACAAAGAUGUUUGGCCCUAUUAACAGAAUAUGUUGCGGAUAGGUUCAAAUUCGAGAGUUCCAAACCGAUCAAAAGCUCUAAUGCUAGUGGGUUACUCGAAACGUCUUCAAUGACAAAUCAACUAGACUCGAUCGAAUUACCUGGGUACAUUAAUGCAAAAAGUGUUGUAAAACAAGAACCAUUGAAGAAAGAACAGGACAAGAGGGCUUAUAUUCAUAAUUUGAAAACAAUUUCCCGCAAUUGGAAUACCAAUGAAAUUAAUAACUCUUCUGGUAAUACACUAAUUGGUAUAAGUUCUAAGUUUUCAGAGACAAUACUACAGAACUUUAUUAAUUAUUUAUCAAGCUUAAAGUACGAAGCUAGCAACAGUUCAACGUUAACAGAAUUGGAGAAUAUUUUUGAAUUAGCUGACGAUAAUGACAUGAUUACUAAAAGUACCUCUCUUUGGGUUGCUUCUAAUUAUUACAAACGAUCAACCCUUGGCAAAGUGAUCAAUUUUGAUUUAGGAAAAUACUUGGUUUUAGAUGAUGAUGAAGAUAUGGAAAUAGAUGAUGAUACCAAAGAAAUGUCAUUUUUAGUUUUAUCAAGGGCAGAAGAGUUACUUGAAGAGAUUUCCGAGAACCAAGAAAAGUACUCUUCACAAACUUAUAUCCUAGCUUACAAUGCAGCAUUACAAUCAAUUAAAGUUGUUGCUGGCUCGAUCCCACUUGAUCAGUUUAGAACCAAUUUUUUGAUGGAUCAUUUGUUGUCAGUAUUUCAAGCAUUAACGUAUAAUGAUAUGCCAGAAAUACAAUUACAGGCACAGUCGACGUUGAAAGUGGUAUUGGAUACAUAUUAUAAUGGUUCGAUGGUCAACUUGAUUUCUGAUAAUCUGGAUUAUCUUAUUGACAGCAUAAGCUUGCAGAUGUCAGUGGCUAGUAAUUUAACCCCAAUGCUUCCAGGUAUUCUUUUGAUCAUUGUAAAGAUUGCCGGAAUCCAAUUAUUGGAGUCGAAUCAAUUGCACGAUGUUUUGACUGAUAUGUUUGUGAUACUUGACUCCUUUCAUGGUUACAAUAAACUCGUUGAAAGUUUUUUCAUAGUGUUUGAGGCUUUGAUAGAUCAGAUCCAUCAUAAGUUCGACAGUCAACUUAAAGUUGAAUUUAAGGAGUCUUCGAAAACAAACACUUCAUUGUAUAAGCCAUGGGGAAUGACCAAUAAGGAUCAACUAUUGGAACUACUUAACGAGUCAAACAAAAUGGUCGAUAAAUAUGAAGGUUAUGAUAGUAACAAGGAGUAUUUUAAAAGAAAAGCUGACUUGCCUUUUUCGGAGAUGGAUGCAGAUUCUGAUGACGAAGAAGAGGACGAUGAAGCAAAUAUUGAUGACAAUGGAGAAGAAGAAGAAGAAAAAGAGGAAAUAUGGAGCUCACCCGUCUCAAAGGACAUUUAUAUGAUUUCACUACGAAUAUUUAAUUAUGGUUUUACAUUGGUAUCACAGGAAUCUUACACAUUGAAAACACAAAUUAUCAAAACACUAAGAUUGUUAUUGCCUUUGCUUUGCACCAAUUACAAAUUAUUAUUACCUGUAUUAGCCUUAAAUUGGCAGAUGCUAAUUGCUUUAGUGACAGGUUCAAAAUCUUUAUCUACAAGUAUUGAAAGCAAUGGUGAAUAUGCUUCGGAAGAUAUUGGUGUCAUGACCGAGGCCCUUCAAUUGGUGACUGAAAUAUUAGAAGAGGAUAAAAGGAGAUAUGAACAUUUCUUCAGUAAAAAGUUUCAGGAAGCUUGGGAAUUCAUAUCUCGACACUCAAAACUAGUGCGCCAAAGAGAAGUCACAUCAACAACUAAUAUUAGAGAACAAAAGCAACUAGUUGUUUCUGAAAAAGCGAUAUAUACUUUCAGAAACUAUCCAUUACUAAAGACAUCACUAGUAACGUUUUUAAUUACUGGUGUACAAAAUUAUGAAAAAAUGAUCCCUGAUAUUCACCGCUUUGAGAUUAUCAAAUUGUGCUAUGAAUUGCAAAUUCCUCAAAGUAUUCCUUUAUCUAGGGAUACAAUCGGCGUACUAGAAGUUCUUAAAAAUACAACGUAA